GUACAACCGCAAUCCCAGUACCCAAGGAACUCUUGCACAUGCUUAGCUGUCAAUUUGUCCGCGCGGACUCUUUGUUGCGUCCUGUCUCUUUGCGUCCUGUGCGCUCGAGUGCCAAAAUGACAUUAACAUUUGACAUUAAUGACAUUGCCGAAGCUUGAAGUGGAAACUUUCAACAAGUCAACAAAGAAAGGCGAAAGGCAAUAAAUGUACAAAAAUUAAGAUUAUUUAUAUUGAUGGUUGAUCGUUGGUGGGAUCACUGAAUCCUCUUACAUUACAAUUACAGUUAAUUUAAGAUCCCAUUUAAUUAUAUUUAUUAAAUAAUAUGUAUGAACAAGAGGACGACCAAUUCGAAGAUGAGGAUUCUGAAGAAAUUAGUGCCGAACUCUGGCAAGAAGCCUGUUGGAUAGUAAUUAACGCAUAUUUCGAUGAAAAAGGUUUGGUUCGCCAACAAUUAGACAGUUUUGAUGAAUUCAUACAAAUGUCUGUUCAAAGAAUUGUGGAAGAUUCUCCACAAAUCGACCUUCAAGCUGAAGCACAGCAUACAUCCGGGGAACUUGAAAAUCCUCCAAGAUACUUAUUGAAAUUUGAACAAAUCUACUUAUCUAAGCCAACACAUUGGGAGAAAGAUGGAGCACCAUCACCUAUGAUGCCUAAUGAAGCCAGAUUGAGAAAUCUCACAUACUCUGCUCCUUUGUAUGUUGAUAUUACAAAAACAAUUGUGAAAGAAGGGGAAGAUCCUAUUGAGACACAACAUCAAAAAACUUUCAUAGGCAAAAUUCCCAUUAUGUUACGAUCCACUUAUUGUCUCUUGAGUGGCUUGACUGAUCGGGACUUGACUGAGUUGAAUGAAUGCCCCCUAGACCCUGGUGGCUACUUCAUCAUCAAUGGCUCUGAGAAAGUCCUCAUUGCACAAGAGAAAAUGGCAACCAAUACAGUAUAUGUCUUCUCAAUGAAAGAUGGCAAAUAUGCUUACAAGUCUGAAAUUCGAUCUUGUUUGGAGCACAGUUCUAGACCAACAUCUACAUUAUGGGUGAAUAUGAUGGCCAGAGGUGGUCAGGCAAUCAAGAAGGCAGCUAUUGGUCAACGUAUUAUUGCCAUCUUACCAUACAUCAAACAGGAAAUUCCAAUUAUGAUUGUUUUUAGAGCCCUAGGUUUUGUAGCAGAUCGUGACAUUCUGGAACACAUCAUCUAUGAUUUCGACGAUCCUGAACUUAUGGAAAUGGUCAAGCCUUCCCUUGAUGAAGCUUUUGUGAUUCAAGAGCAGAAUAUUGCUCUGAACUUUAUUGGUGCUAGAGGGGCCAGGCCAGGUGUCACUAAAGAGAAACGAGUAAAGUAUGCAAGGGAAAUCCUGCAGAAGGAAAUGUUGCCCCAUGUUGGUGUAUCUGAUUUUUGUGAAACGAAGAAAGCUUAUUUCUUAGGAUACAUGGUGCACAGACUUCUGUUAGCAGCAUUAGGUAGACGAGAACUUGAUGACAGAGAUCACUAUGGAAACAAAAGAUUGGAUCUUGCUGGGCCACUUUUAGCUUUUCUAUUCCGAGGGUUGUUCAAAAAUUUGAUGAAAGAAGUAAGAAUGUAUGCACAGAAGUUCAUUGAUAGAGGCAAAGAUUUUAACCUUGACCUUGCCAUUAAGACAAAACUCAUCACUGAUGGUCUUAGAUAUUCUUUGGCUACUGGUAACUGGGGUGAUCAGAAAAAAGCUCAUCAGGCCAGAGCUGGAGUAUCACAGGUACUGAAUCGUCUAACAUUCGCUUCAACAUUAUCCCAUUUGCGUCGCGUCAACUCCCCAAUUGGUCGCGACGGCAAAUUGGCCAAGCCUCGCCAAUUGCACAACACCCUGUGGGGCAUGAUCUGCCCCGCGGAGACGCCCGAGGGCGCCGCCGUAGGCCUUGUCAAGAUCUGCCCCGCGGAGACGCCCGAGGGCGCCGCCGUAGGCCUUGUCAAGAAUCUGGCCUUAAUGGCAUACAUUUCUGUCGGAUCUCAGCCAUCGCCGAUCUUGGAGUUUUUGGAGGAGUGGUCCAUGGAGAACUUGGAGGAAAUUGCUCCGUCGGCUAUCGCCAACGCGACAAAAAUCUUUGUUAAUGGAUGCUGGGUUGGUAUUCAUCGAGACCCUGAACAGCUCAUGGCGACUCUUCGUAAAUUACGUAGGCAGAUGGACAUCAUCGUUUCAGAGGUAUCAAUGAUACGGGAUAUCCGCGAUAGGGAAAUCAGAAUAUAUACAGAUGCAGGGCGCAUUUGUAGGCCACUUUUGAUAGUGGAGAACGGACAGCUGCUGCUGAAAAAGAGGCAUAUUGAUAUGUUGAAAGAAAGAGAGUACAAUAAUUAUGGAUGGCAGGUGUUAGUUGCUUCAGGUGUUGUGGAAUACAUAGAUACUCUUGAAGAAGAAACUGUCAUGAUUGCCAUGAACCCUGAAGACUUGCGUCAAGACAAAGAGUAUGCUUACUGUACCACAUAUACCCACUGUGAAAUCCAUCCAGCUAUGAUCCUAGGAGUUUGCGCCUCCAUUAUUCCAUUUCCUGAUCACAACCAGAGUCCCAGAAAUACCUACCAGAGUGCUAUGGGUAAACAAGCUAUGGGAGUAUACAUAACAAACUUCCAUGUGAGAAUGGACACCCUAGCACAUGUGCUGUAUUACCCACAUAAGCCAUUGGUCACUACAAGAUCUAUGGAGUACCUCAGGUUCAGAGAACUGCCGGCUGGUAUUAACAGUAUCGUUGCUAUCGCUUGUUAUACUGGGUACAAUCAAGAGGAUUCCGUUAUUUUGAAUGCUUCGGCUGUAGAGAGGGGCUUCUUUAGAUCUGUGUUUUACCGUUCAUAUAAAGAUGCUGAGUCCAAACGAAUAGGAGAUCAGGAAGAACAAUUUGAGAAACCAACAAGGCAAACUUGCCAAGGAAUGAGAAACGCUCUAUAUGACAAAUUAGAUGAUGAUGGUAUAAUAUCACCUGGUAUUCGUGUAUCUGGAGACGAUGUAGUUAUUGGAAAGACAAUGACAUUGCCGGAAAAUGAUGACGAGUUGGAUGGCACAACAAAGAAAUUCACCAAGAGAGAUGCUUCAACUUUCUUGCGUAAUAGUGAAACUGGUGUUGUUGAUCAGGUUAUGUUGACUCUCAAUUCAGAAGGAUACAAAUUUUGCAAGAUUAGGGUGAGAUCAGUACGUAUCCCACAGAUUGGUGACAAAUUUGCUUCCAGACAUGGGCAAAAGGGUACAUGUGGUAUCCAGUAUCGGCAAGAGGAUAUGAUCUUUAGUUGUGAGGGUAUCACACCAGAUAUCAUCAUCAAUCCUCACGCCAUCCCUUCCCGUAUGACGAUUGGUCACUUGAUCGAGUGUAUCCAAGGAAAAGUUUCGUCGAAUAAGGGAGAAAUUGGUGAUGCAACACCAUUCAAUGACGCUGUUAAUGUACAGAAAAUAUCGCAGUUACUUCAAGAAUAUGGAUAUCAACUUAGAGGCAAUGAAGUUAUGUAUAACGGACACACAGGAAGGAAGAUAAAUGCUCAAAUAUUCUUGGGGCCUACCUACUAUCAACGUUUGAAGCAUAUGGUAGAUGAUAAAAUUCACUCAAGAGCCAGAGGUCCAGUCCAGAUCUUAGUCCGUCAACCCAUGGAAGGACGUGCCAGGGAUGGUGGGUUACGUUUUGGAGAGAUGGAGCGAGAUUGUCAAAUUUCUCAUGGUGCAGCACAAUUUCUUAGAGAGAGACUGUUUGAAGUGUCUGAUCCAUACAGGAUACACGUCUGCAAUUUUUGUGGUCUCAUCGCUAUCGCUAAUAUGAGAAAUAAUACUUUUGAAUGCAAAGGAUGCAAAAACAAAACACAGAUUUCACAGGUUAGGUUACCUUAUGCUGCGAAGUUGCUGUUUCAAGAGUUGAUGUCCAUGAAUAUCGCACCUAGGUUGAUGGUAUUAUAAGAUUAUUUUGAGUAGGUCCAAGUAAAUAAGUAUCUGAAUAUCAUUUGAAUUUAAUUUGUAUACUAUUCUUAUGUCAUUGAUGUAUCCGUCAAUAAAAUGUUCAAUAUAUUUGUCUUAUUCUUUCUAUGCCUGUAAAAUUGACAGAAGUCUGAAAUCUAAUAUACAAUCAAACAGAACUAUGCCCCAGGGCACCUACCCUGAAAUUUUAAUUAGCGACCUCGAUUUAUGUUCUAAUUUCUGAAAUUCUUAUUAUUUUUCCUCAAAAUGGCAGUACAUAACCUUUUAUCGAACGGCACCUGUGCCACACUUUAUCCUGAGAAAACUGAUUGAAAAAUUGGAUAUUCGCGAAGGUGACAUUAUCCCCUUUUAUUCGCAUUUUUAUUCCAACUCCUUGACACGUGACGAAAGUAUGUCCGUAAUAACGGGAACAAAAAAUCGUGCCGGGGAUUUUUCUCCACUUGAAGGCUAGACAGGUGGGAUUUUGAGAUCGACUUUUCAAUUGGUGUCGGAUGGAAAAAGUCUUAUCUCGUUAUCAAAUUUGCGAAAUUUUGCGCAAAAUACUUCACAGGAAAGUGCAACUUUUCAAUCAUUUUGCUCAGGAUAGUGAUCGACACAGGUGCCGUUCGACAAAAAAAUAUGUUUACAUCUCAAUGAAUGUGAAAUAUACUGCUGUGUACAUAGGUUAAAACAGAAAAAUGUCCUCAAUACACAUGGUGUAAAAUUCUCCAAUGCCUUACCUAACUGGAUGAAGGCUAUAAAAUGUGAAAAAAUUCUCAAGUCUGAAAUCAAAACGAAACUAAUUCAACUGGAACCUUAUAACCUUGUAGACUUCUGUAUAUGAUGAUUUCCUCUAUACCUUUUUUGUUGACGUAAUUUCUUUUGUCUGAUUUACCUGAACCACUUGUUUCUGUAUCUCUUACAAUAUGAAAUAAAUAUUAUUAUUAUCAUCUCUUUAGGAUAUUUGUCACUUUGUUAUCAUAGUACGGUCGAA